AGAGGAGAUCUGAGGAACUACAACAACGGCUACGUAUUUGUCAUUUGUUUAUCUUCUUAGAAGCCAACGCCAUGAUCUUCGUGCGCUUAUCGUACUUCCUUCUAAUUCUUGGGUUGAGCUCAGGACUCAUGGUGGGGCCCGUCCGCCUCGCCCACAGGAAGCGCUACAUAUCCUACGAAGAAGGCCCUUCGCCCGACAACAGCCUCUUGGAGUGUCAUCACACGCUGGAGGGCGACGAGGAGAUACAGGAAGUCUUCUGGUAUCUGUAUAAAGGGGAGGAGAGAGUAGGAGAUUUCAGGUGGAGUCCUGAGGGAGGCGGUGCAGCCACGGGUCUCCUCGAGGACCACGUCAACCUCGAUCGCACCGACGGGAACCUCGAACUCACGACACUCGCCUACGAACUCGAAGGAAAGUACUCCUGCGGCAUCGCGACCACCGAUGGACAGGUUUCGGAGACGGCCGCGUGGGAGGUGCUCAUCAUUCACAAGACAUCGAACCGGAUCGACAACGAACUCUCCGGCGAUAUUGCCACGUGUACGAUCCGCAGCAGCCUGACAGUCUACGCCGUGUAUCCGGAGCCGACAGUGCACAGCGGCUUGUACUCGGCGGAAAGGGGCGGGUUCUUCGACCAGGUCACGCCCCUCGAGUGGCAUAAGAUCGUCUACGAUAACCAGUCCGUUGCUUAUUCGUACCAUGAGAAGAUCUUCCAGGUAGAUGAGGACACUCCCCUUGACACCGUGUUCCUGACAACAGUGGGCGUGACCAAGAGUGACAACAAUUACAUUUCUCUCGAGACCAAAAGAUCCUUUGACCAGACGUGGCAAGAGCGCGGGUGUGCUCCCUUGAGGACUCAGGAAUACCAGGUGGUUCACUACAGCACUGACCGAACCACCUGUCGGGGCAAGAGGAUGCCAUCUGGACAGGAUCCCCUCACGGCUAGGGUGAGCUGCGAGGAAGGGCACCGAGCAGAAGGGAACGUCAACGAGACCAAACUCACCUGCGACGAGAGGACGUGGUCGUGGGUGGCCGUCACGGGGAUGCCGCGCCACCGAGACCUGCACUGCGUGUUAGACGAAUCAAACUCUGCCCUUUCGCCGAGAGUUCAAGUAUCGGUGUUGGUUGUCACUGUCAUGCUACUUGUUCGUCUUUUCCAGUGAUAAUCUUUGUCAUUGCUGAACAGUCAGUGAUCUACAGGUCAAAUAGUUUGUCUUUUGAUUACAGUGACUUUUAUGUUUUGUUAAGAUAACUGAUCGAAGGAUUUGUAAUGCAGUCUAUAUUCGAUGUUAAAACUGAUUUUUUUUUUUUUUUUUUGAUCGGUCAGUUCAAAAGUUUGUGUAAAUAGAUAAAAAUUUUAUAUCUCUUUCAUUGAAGAGAUGUGGAAUUACUGAUUUAUUAAGUAAUGUUUACUUACUAUCAUCAUUGUAUUUUUGUUUGUUGUUUGGUUUGGUUGUAUAAACCUUUAGAUUAUA